ACCAAGGCAGAAGAAAAAAGAAUAACGCUUAACGUUAUUUUAAGAUUGUUUUAUUGGAUCAAUCGUCUGAAUAGGUUUCUUCUCGUUUUGAGGAAAGAGUAACGUGGAGAUGAAGGAUUAAACUUCUGCAUAAAGAUGACGCAUGACGUUUUCUAACAAUGUUUUGAUUCUCUCGGGCGUGACGUCAGCCAGUACUACACAAAAAUGGUUCCUACUUAGUUUUGAUUCGGAAAGCAAAGUGAUUUCUAACUUUAAAUGUGGCAUUUUCGGGAAAAUGAAGGGCUAAACGAGUAAACUGGCGACAGCUCCAAACAUGGAGGCGUGUGCUGAACCUGGACGCAGACUGCGCUCCAUCUGUAGGAGAAUGUACGACGAAAAUGAAGAUUUAUCCGACGUGGAGGAAAUUGCAAAUAUUAGAGGCUUUAACUUGGAAGAGAAGCUUGUAAGCGAAUCCUAUAAUACUAACUAUGUGAGGCAGAUGGAUGGAAAAGAUUUCACCUAUGAAUACGUGCAGAGAGAGGCGCUCCGUUGCCCCCUUAUUUUUAAAACCAAAGAUGGACUGGGAAUCAGAAUGCCAGAUCCGGAUUUUACUGUCAGUGAAAUUAAAGGAUUGGUUGGCAGCCGGCGAGCGGUGGAUGUCAUGGACGCCAGCACUCAGAAGGGUUCGGAGAUGAGCAUGGCACAGUUCGUCCGCUACUACGAGACCCCGGAGGAGGAGCGCGACAAACUCUUCAACGUUAUCAGCCUGGAGUUCAGCCACACCAAGCUGGAGAACCUCAUCAAGAGGCCCACGGUGGUGGAUUUGGUGGACUGGGUCGACAACGUGUGGCCACGUCACCUGAAGGAGAGCCAGACUGAAGCCACUAAUGUCAUCUCAGAGAUGAAAUACCCCAAAGUCCAGAAGUACUGUCUGAUGAGUGUGAAAGGCUGCUACACAGAUUUUCACAUUGACUUUGGGGGAACAUCUGUCUGGUACCACGUCCACAGGGGAAGGAAGGUGUUCUGGCUGGUGCCUCCCACCCCUCAUAACCUGUCAAUGUACGAAGACUGGGUCCUGUCGGGGAAGCAGAGCGAUGUCUUCCUGGGGGACCGAGCCGAUGGAUGCCAGAGAGUGGAGCUCAAGCAGGGCUACACAUUCUUCAUCCCCUCAGGCUGGAUCCAUGCUGUCUACACACCGGAGGACACGCUGGUGUUUGGAGGCAACAUCCUUCACAGCUUCAACAUCCCCAUGCAGCUCAACAUUUAUGAGAUCGAGAACCGAACAAAGGUUCGUGCCAAAUUUCGCUAUCCCUUCUACUAUGAGAUGUGCUGGUACGUGCUGGAGAGAUAUGUGCACUGCCUAACCAGACGCUCCCAUCUGAGUAAAGACUUCCGCAAGGAAUCCUUGGUAAAUGACACUGAGAGGAAGGUUAGCAGUGACAGCUCGCGCGCUGACAUGGAGGAUGACUCCAGUGAGACAGCGGCACAGGACGAGCGUGGAGAGAGGGCCCCCUGCCCUCUGAAACACGCCCAAUCCAACCUCAACGAUUCUGACGACAACUCCACCCCCGCUCCCGCCCCCUCUGUCCCUGCGGCCCCCCGGGACCCCCCCAGAACUCCCUCUGAGUCACCGGUGUCAGAGCCCGUGGGCAGGUGGAUCCACCUGACGCAGUUUGAGCUGAAGGGGCUCAAGGCCCUCGUGGAGAAGCUGGAGUCACUCCCCGAAAACAAGAAGAGUGUCCCGCAGGGCAUUGAAGACCCCCAGGCUUUGCUGGAGGACAUGAAGGUGGUUCUGAAAGAGCAUGCUGAUGAUGACCCCCAGCUGGCCGUCACUGGUGUCCCUGUGGUGUGCUGGCCCAAGAAGUCCGUCAAGCAGAGGCCCGCUAACCGGCCCAAGCCGAAGAUGGGGGGGUCGACAGCGCCCGUCAAGCUGUCGGCCGGCCGCGGCACAUCCGGUGCCCGGCGGCGGAGGACGCGCUGCCGGAAGUGCGAGGCCUGUCUGCGGACGGAGUGCGGUGACUGCCACUUCUGCAAGGACAUGAAGAAGUUCGGCGGCCCGGGACGCAUGAAGCAGUCCUGCAUCAUGAGGCAGUGCAUUGCGCCGGUUCUGCCCCACACGGCAGUGUGUGCGGUCUGUGGGGAGGCAGGAAAGGAGGACACAGUGGAGGAUGAGGAGGAAAAGUUCAACAUCAUGCUGAUGGAGUGCUCUAUCUGCAACGAAAUCCUGCACCCUGCCUGCCUGCAGGUAAAGGAUGCAGGAGGUGUGGUAAAUGAGGAGCUUCCAAACUGCUGGGAAUGUCCCAAGUGUAACCAUGCAGGGAAAACUGGGAAAGCCUACAAGCAAAAAAGAGGCCCCGGGUUUAAAUACGCAUCCAGCCUGCCGGGGUCACUGCUUAAGGAGCAACGCCUCAGCCGUGAGAUCAAGGAGGAGCCCGACACACCAGCCCCACCCAAGAGGAAGGUCGAGCGUGAGGACACCCCCAAACGGAGGCCAGAUGAGCCCCCCAAAAAGCGUCCGCCCGUCCUGACCCCCGAGGGACAGCCCAAACCGGACGACAACCCGCUCAGAAAAAAGAGGAAGCUCUUUGAGAAGGACUCGGAGCCGGGCACACAGAAAAAGAGGAAGUCUGACGAUCCACCCAUCCCCCUCCUGCUGCGGCAGAUCAAGACUGAAGAAGAAGAGGAAGAGGAGGAGGAGGAAGAGGAUAAGAGGGUGCUGGAGGAGAGGGUGGCAGAGCGAGAGCAGAAGCAAGAGGAGGAGGAGGAGGAGGAAGAGGAGGAGGAGGAAGAGGGAGAGGAGGAGGAAGAAGGGGAGGAAGAGGAAGGGGAGGGAGAGGAGGGUGGAGAGGACGUGAAGAAGGAGACUCCUAGUCUCCCGCCCAGGAUGCCUGCGGCUCGGGAAAGUGACCAGUCGCGUUCCAGCUCCCCGCGGGCGGGGCCCAGCGGCGAGGGCGGCAGCGAGUCGCAGGAAAAGGGGCGGAGCCGGGUGCGACGCAAACGCUGGCCGCCCAGCAAGGAGCUGAGCAAGGAGCUGAGCAAAGAGCUGAGCAAGGAACUGAGCAAAGAGCUGAACCAGGAGAUCCAGAAGACGGAGGACAGCCUGGCCAACGAAAACCGGCAGCCAAUAAAAUCCCAGCCCGACAGUGAGGGGGAGGAGCCCAAACAGGCGCUCAACAACGGCGGUGAGCGGGUCCACCUGCGGAGCCGGGAGAUGAACGGCACACCGCCAGGCCUGCGCCCGUGCCGCCAGCCCUCCCCGCUGGGCACCGCCCCCCUCUGCGGCCGGCCCCCGCCCUGCCGCUCCCCGCCCAAGUGCCUGCAGAUGGAACGUCACGUGAUCCGGCCCCCGCCCAUCAGCCCGCCGCCUGACCGGCUGCCUCUGGACGACGGCGAGGUGCAUGUCAUGCGCAGGGAGGUGUGGAUGGCCGUGUUCCGCCACCUGAGCCACCGUGAGCUGUGCGUCUGCAUGCGCGUCUGCAAGACCUGGAACAGAUGGUGUUGUGAUAAGAGGCUAUGGACCAGGAUCGAUCUGAAUCGCUGCAAGUCCAUCACUCCACUCAUGCUCAGUGGAAUCAUUCGCCGGCAGCCCGUCUCUCUGGACCUCAGUUGGACCAACAUCUCCAAGAAACAGCUGAGCUGGCUGAUCAACAGGCUGCCAGGUCUCAGGAUACUGCUUCUGGCUGGUUGCUCCUGGGUGGCGGUCUCUGCCCUCUGCACCUCUAGCUGCCCCCUGCUCCGCACCUUGGAUGUCCAGUGGGUGGAGGGGCUGAAGGACACCCAGAUGAGGGACCUGCUGUCCCCCCCGACUGACAACCGGCCAGGUCAGAUGGACAAUAGGAGCAAGCUGAGGAAUGUGGUGGAUUUGCGUCUGGCCGGGCUGGACAUCACAGACGCGUCACUGCGUCUGAUCAUCCGAUACAUGCCCCUGCUGUCGCGGCUGGACCUCAGCUACUGCAACCACAUCACCGACCAGUCCAUCAACAUUCUGACCGCCGUGGGCACCACCACCAGAGACUCCCUCACAGAGAUCAAUCUGUCAGUUUGCAAUCGAGUCACAGACCAAUCCCUGACUUUCUUCAAACGCUGUGGGAGCAUUUGCCACAUAGACCUGCGCUACUGCAAACAGGUGACCAAGGCAGGCUGCCAGCAGUUCAUCGCUGAGAUGUCUGUGAGCGUCCAGUUCGGACUUGUGGAAGAGAAACUGCUGCAGAAGCUCUGCUAGUUUAUGAGGGGACGUCAAAGACGGCACACACAGGAAUAAAACAGGUCCAUAUUUUUAAAGAGACGGAACCAGCAACGUGGUUUUCUUCUGAAGCCUAGUUGUUUUUACAUAAGGGAUACAUUUUGUUUUGUUUUUUUUUUUUUUGUCAUGAAAUUGAACAACAAGCAUUGAAUUAAAAAAGGCCGGCAGGUUAAAGGUGCCGAAAGCAAACCUCCACAGUGCGCCGGAGUGGCGGAGGACCGAGGCACGCAUCUGUCGGAAUGUUUCUGUCCUGCAGGCGUGUAAAAGCCAGAGCUGCUAGAGCCAGUGAGCCGUGUGACGCAGGCACACGCGAUAGAGGAGAGAAUUAUCACAGAACCAAGGAGAGAACCGUCCCAUGUACACAAAGACACAAAUUUCUCUUUGUGAUGUCCUUACAAACUAAAUUAUCUUAACAAAAGAACCACAUUGUGUUAAAAAAGAGAAAUGCCCAGAGUUGGUGCAUUAUUUUUACUUUGUUUAACAUGUAUGUUUUGUUACAAUGCAAAGCUCAUGCAUUCUGCAGAGAUAUUUUUGUAUCAGGCAGUGUUUCUGGCUCCUUCUGCAGUAUUGAAUGCACUAUGGUGUAAAGUUUUGACAAUAUUCAAUCUGCAUCACUGUUUUUCUCUGGGCUGCCCUGUAAUUCUAGCUUUGUCCCCAUGGAGGUGUGUAAUAUAUUAAUUUAUGCUGUGGUGUUUUUUCUGACGUGGGUAUUCCAACUUGUCAGUACAAAAGGUACUUUAUCAUUUUCAUAUGACAAUAUGUAUUAUUCACUCCAUUUGUUCAUAUGUUUCAUUUGUUCAUGUGUUUAUACCUGAGAAAUCUGGGAAAAAACAAUUUGCACUGUUUGACAUGAAUAAAUAUAGUUAUUUUUUUCCAAAUGUAUUAGAUAUUUAUAUGGGGAGCUUGGAGGGGAUAUGUUAAGCUUAUCCAGAGUCUGGUCCAUGUCUGAGCUCCGGAGGUCAUUGCUUUGCAUUCAAUGACCACAGA